AUGUCUAAUUUUGGGUUUGAUACUGAAGGCAAGUCAGUGGUCGAGAGAUGGGGAAGCUUGAUUGAAGGCAAAGUUGUUGUGCUUACCGGUGCCAGUGAGGGCGGACUCGGAGGCGCUACUGCUCUUGCUCUGGCAUCGGCACGGCCCUCACAUUUGGUUCUACUUGCUCGCACGGAGAACAAGGCGCGCAAUGUCAUCUCUUUAAUCAAAGAGAUCAGUCCUGAGACUCAGCCUGCUUUCGUGCACAUUGAACUUGACGACCUUGACUCCGUUCGUCGGGCCGCAGCAGAUGUCCUUAGCAUUACCUCUAAGAUUAAUGUACUGAUAAAUAACGCUGGUGUCAUGACUAUCCCCUGGAGCAAGAGUAAAAGUGGUUUGGAAAGGGCCCUUGCCAUUAACCAUCUCGGGCAUUCCUCCUUACGAAACUGUUGA